AUGGCGGCGGCCGGGACGGCGGCGUCGCCAGCGCGCAGCCUGGGAGCCCCGGCGGCGGCGGCGGCGGCGGCCCGAACCCGGCGCCCGCCCCCGGCGCGGCCCGCGCGGCUGCCCCCGCUGCUCGUGCUGCUGACGGCGGCGGCGGCGGCGGGGCCGGGCGCGGGCGGCGCGGCGCGGCUGUACCGCGCGGGCGAGGACGCCGUGUGGGUGCUGGACAGCGGCAGCGUGCGCGGGGCCACCGCCAACAGCUCGGCCGCGUGGCUCGUGCAGUUCUACUCCUCGUGGUGCGGCCACUGCAUCGGCUACGCGCCCACCUGGCGGGCCCUGGCCGCAGACGUGAGAGACUGGGCGGCUGCCAUCCGUGUCGCCGCGCUGGACUGUGCGGAGGAGAAGAACCAGGAGGUGUGCCGCACCUACGACAUCCACUUCUACCCCACCUUCCGGUAUUUUAAAGCGUUUACAAAGGACUUUACAACUGGAGAAAAUUUUAAAGGGCCCGACCGAGAACUGCAGACAGUGAGGCGGACCAUGAUCAACUUCCUGCAGAACCACACGGACAGCACCCGGCCCCCCGCCUGCCCGUCCUUGGACCCCAUUAGGCCCAGUGACGUCCUUUCGCUCCUUGACAAGCGAGGAGACCGGUACGUGGCUGUGCUGCUGGAAGACGACAGCUCCUACGUCGGACGCGAGGUGAUCUUGGACCUGAUUCCCUACGAGAGCAUCGAGGUGAGGCGGGCGCUGGGUUCCGACGCAGCCUUCGUGCAGAAGCUCGGCGUGCCCUCCCUUCCCUCUUGCUACCUGAUCUACCCGAACGGCUCGCACGGACCAGUCACUGUUGGGAAGCCUCUCCGGUCCUUUUUCUCCUCUUACCUGAGGUCACUGCCGGGAGUGAGGAAGAAACCAAGUUCCCUGCCUGGGAGACCCAGCAGAGAGGAGAGCUCGGAAGCCGUGGUCUGGAGGGACUUUGACAGGUCAAAGCUGUACAUGGCUGACCUGGAGUCGGGGCUGCACCACCUCCUGAGAGUGGAGCUUGCUGCACACAGGUCCUUGGCCGGCGCCGAGCUGAAGACUCUCAAGGACUUCGUCACUGUCCUGGCCAAGUUGUUCCCUGGACGACCGCCGGUCAAGAAGCUGCUGGAGAUGCUGCAGGAGUGGCUGGCCAGCCUUCCACUGGACAGGAUCCCCUACGAUGCCGUGCUUGACCUGGUCAACAACAAGAUGCGGAUUUCUGGGAUAUUUCUCACUAAUCACAUAAAGUGGGUUGGAUGUCAAGGAAGCCGACCGGAGCUGAGGGGCUACUCAUGUUCUCUCUGGAAACUGUUCCACACUCUGACUGUUGGAGCCGGGACCCACCCGAAGGCCCUGGAUGGCACAGGUCUCGAAGACGACCCGCAGGCUGUGCUGCAGACCGUCAGGAGGUACGUCCAUGUCUUCUUCGGGUGCAAGGAAUGUGGCGAGCAUUUUGAGGAAAUGGCUAAAGAGUCAAUAGAUUCCGUGAAAACCCCGGACCAAGCGAUUCUCUGGCUUUGGAAGAAGCAUAACCUGGUCAACAGCCGCUUGGCAGGGCAUCCAAGUGAGGACCCCAAGUUCCCAAAGGUGCCGUGGCCCAGCCCAGACCUCUGCCCAGCCUGCCACGAGGAAAUCAAGGGCCUGGGGACCUGGAACGAGGGCCAGGUGCUGCUCUUCCUGAAGCAGCACUACGGCAGGGACAACCUCGUGGACACGUACUCCGCGGACCUGGGGGACCCCAGCGAAGGCGCCCCGGCCCCGGGCGAGAAGCAUGAGGGCAGCCAGGCUCCCCCAGAGCAGCCCCCCGCAGACCAUGGAGCCGAGAGCCUGCGUCCGCCCAGCCUGCUGCCCCCCCGGCCUCGCCUGUCCGAGAGGUCGCAGCCGGGCCUGGACCUGCCGCUCGGGAGCCGGGCGGGGGGCGAGGGCCCCCGGGGCGCCGAGGCGGCCUCGGCCUUCCUGGGGAUGGGCUUCUCCAGCCUGGACAUGAGCCUCUGCGUGGUGCUCUAUGUGGCCUCAUCCCUCUUCCUCAUGGUCAUGUACUUCUUCUUCCGCGUGCGCUCCAAGCGGUGGAAAGUCAAGCACCACCAUCCGUCCGUGUAGGACGUGGCUAGACUGCAGAGCUGCCUCCGGCGGAGCUGCCACUUUGCUCUUCAGAUCAGGGACAUCGUCCACACUCUGGACCUGGCGACCCCUCAAGGGGUCCUUCCGCUCCCCGCCUGCAUGGCCCAGAUGUGUCCCUUACAGAUCCUAGAGCAAAAAGACUGUUUUCAUGAUUCUGGGUCUCAAAACAGAAGUGGGUGGCCAAGCCCCAGGAACAGGACUUUCCGCCCGCUUUCACCUCAAGCUCCUUGACUGCAGGGCCUCGCUCUGGGAGUCGGGGAGAAAAACCCACACCCUUCCCCCUGCCGCCCUCUGCGGCUCCGUGAAGCCGGGCUCUCAGCGAUUCCCUACGUUUGCGCCUCUCAGCUGCUGGUGGUCUCUGGGGCUCCGAGGCAGCUCAGGACCAGGGAAGGGAAGCUCCGAGUGUCGGGGGGUGUGGAGGGGAGGCGGGCCCUUCAGAGGCGCUGUCUUUGUUCGUCAGCCUGGUGACAUGAGGCUGUAAGGGGGUCCUAGUCUGUCCACCACACAGACCUGGAGCGCUAAGCCCCACCGUGGCAGAGGGUGCUCUGUGGGGUCUCCAGAGGCACCCUCAUCCUGUGUGGUCAUCCCCCAGCACAUGCAAGUGCCUGGGAGAGCCCCGCGCUCAGUGGGAGGGAGAUGGUGGCCCGCAGCGGGGCAGGCUGUGGUCUCGGCCAAGCUUCAUUUUCCUGGAGCUGUUUCACCACAGGCUCCCAGGCUUUGAUGAUUUAAUUGUCUAAUAUUGAAUGGUUUUAACACAUUAUUUGUAAAACCCAAAAAGCUCAGCAGUAAAUUUGCCUCUGAAAUGUAAAGGAAACAGGAAUAACCACGGCAGGGAGCGUCUGCUGUGAGUGUGAGUGUGUGACUUCGGUGGGUGUCGCGGUGUCUCCCACCACGCCUGUCCCGCGCGCCGGUCACUGUGUUCAGUGAGCACCCCGGCCGCCCGACAGUCUGGGGAGGAGGGGUGGCUGACUCCUCAGGCAACUGCCUUCAGCUUCGUGGUCCCCUUCAGUGGGAGGUGUGACCUGGAGGCCUCUGGGCAGGGAACGCUCCACUUCUCUGCCGAGAGCUUUCUUCUGUUUGACACUUUUUAAUCCCUGGAAGCCUUUGUGUUUUAAAAGCCACGGGCUUGUCUUCAUGGCUGAGCUGCGUGCCUAGGUUACUGAAGACACCUGUUGUUUCUUUUCAACUUGAAAACUGGGCCAGUGUACACACAGCCCAAAGGAAUAUACUCAGAAACAUUAAUUAAACUGCCUUUGGUUUGCGCCAAAUGUCAUUUUCUCCCCUAAGUACGUUUUUUCAACAGCGGGAACUGGGAUGAUGCUGUGAGUGGACGGUCUUGUGUACUUGACAGAACCCAGUGAAGGGCGACAUUGGCGUUCAGGGUUCCUGACGAUAUUGCAGGCUGAGGGGCGGCAGGCCAGGGUGGCCGCGGCACUGUGUCCCGUUGCUGCUCAGAGCUGGACACUCCCUUAAGGCAAGGGUUAAGUUCCAUUUUCUAAAGUUGUAAGUAUUGAGACUAAUAAAUAUGAUAGUUCAGUAAUUUAAAUGUAUAUUUAUUUUUAAUGGAAGGAUUUUGAUUAAAAAGAAGCUAAUUGACAUGGAAAUGUCACUGAAAUUUC